GGCAUUUUCAUCUACGACCUAUGGCACAACUGGCUCGAGCAAUGUAGGUCAGCAACAUGGCGGCUAUACUUAUCCUCGAGGCAACUACACCAAUUACUCGACACCAGGAGGUCGCGGUUAUGAUAAGUCGGGGUCGUCGGCGGCGGAAGGUGGUAGUCAUUACCGUAGAACGACUAGUGCAACAACUGGAAGUGCGACUACCAGUCUAGUUGGCCGUGGCUCAUCCGCCAACACGCCCACCUAUUACAAGAAACGUCAUGUAGUUGAUGACGGCGCGAAGUACCCAGGUUUCCGAUACGUAUCCAAUAGUACUUCUAGUGACGCAAAUUAUAAGACCGCCAAAGCUUCUUCCACGAAUGCGCUUGCUGUGGUCCAGCAUCAAUCACAGCACCCUAAUAUUGCUUCUAUCUCGAAAUUUCAGAGUGGUGCUGGAGGAGGUGGCAACAAAAUACUCGCCCCCCAUACUACCAACGGUAGUUCUCACCAGUCGAUGAGUCUGACGCGUUCUUACCCAGAAAAACACAGUGUGACUUACAAUCUGACGAAAAAUGUCUACAACGUGCUGGCGUCGCCAGCAAGCAGUGGCUCGGAGGAGCUUCAAGAGUUGAAGAAGCAGCUAAAAGAGCUGAAGCAAAAGGUAGACCGCGAUGAAGGCGAGAAAAACUCUUCCGCAGGAGCAGCGCGUCCUUCUGUCGCCGUCCGCGUGGCCGUGCCAGGUUCGUCUUCUGCAACAUUGCUGGGGAAUUUGAGCAGAAAAACGAUGAAAAAAAUGGGGACUACUUUAAGUAUGAAGAAACAGAAAACCGAAAAGCCACUUCUUCGCAUGAAGAAGACCGCCAUGAAAGCAAUGCGGAGUUCCCGCACAACUCUUAAGACAAAGAAUAGCAGCAUGAAGAUCAUGAAGAGUGUGAAGUACAAGAUCAUGAAAGCUUCUCCCACCGGCAUGAAGAAGACCCCUUUAGCCUCAAGCAUUGCUCGUACUAGAGGAGGUACAAAAAUAGCAAACAGAACGACUAAGGCGACGAUGCAAUCGAUGCAAAAGAAGUCCGUUGCGAGUAUGAAGAUGAAGAUGCUGAGCAAGAAGAGCAUGAUGAAAACGGUAAGCAAAGCGACGUCUUCAAAAAAGACGUUAGUGCGAAAAGCUAUGAUGAACAAGAAAACGGCGAAAGUGCAAGCUCCGCGUGGUCGUCGAAUGAAACGGCUAGCAGGGAAUUCCACUGCACCGUCGGGGGUGUCAGUGAAUGUCCGUGUUGGAUGAUUGUUUAGAAUCAAUUGUUUCUCUCUCUCUUUACUACCUCUUUCUCUCUCUACUCCACACGACAAACUCGUCGAAGUUAUCAUUCAACACUAGUUGCAGAAAUUCAUUUAUCACGACUGGUUCCUUCCUGCAUUCAGAUUUUUUCAUCAACGUUGUCUGCCUUAUAUAUUAAGCUAACUGUGAAAUAU